AAAGUAGGAAAACUAUUUAUGGAAGAAUUCCGAAACGAACUAGAUAAAGAAAAUUAUUUAUAAAAUUCUAAGUUAAAGGCUGAAGCUAUUAUAUAUUUUUGAAUUUGUAGAAGGAAUUGCCGAUGAACAAACUUCUUGAAGUUGUACUUCUAUCUCUUUUGGAUUGAUUGCGUUGUUUUUGUAAGGUAGAAGAGAUCAAGUGUGUGAUAAAUACUGACAAAAAGGAAUGUAGAUAAAAAAUUGGGCACAGAAGAAAAAAUAAAUUUACAAUAAACAAAGCGACGGAGGAAAGAGUGUGCAAGCAACUUGGGAGUGCAAAAACAGCACCAAAAUUCAACGUCGACUAUAUUGUUUGAUAUUUGAAGUAUUUUAAUUAAAAUUCAGAAUAAGUUUAAUGCAGCGAAGGAUAUAAAAAGGCACUACGUAGUUCGCAUAAAAAGUAAACUUUGCGUAUAGUUUAAAGAAGAGCACAAAGAAAAUUGUAUGUGCAGUUGUAUUGGCGCAUAAAACGUAUAAAUAAAUAAUAAAUAGUGAACGCUCCUGAUAAAGCAAAAUACCUACAAUGGAUCGCAAUAACGGCUCUAAUCGCUACACACCAAUCCGACGCGCAGGCCAGCAACAACAUCAAUCAAAUUCGUUAUCAUCACUUUCAUCAUCGAAUAAUAAUCAACAUCAACAACAUUUAGAUAAUCAUCGCAAUAAUUCGUCACAAUAUUCAACGACCAAUCAUAGCGCAUAUUCACCACAAUCAACAAUGUCCCGCGAACCGCUCACACAACAUGACGAACUGAUUCGAUAUAUCAGGGAAGCAUGGACAAAGGUAAAUGAACAGAAUACGCCCGUAAAUUAUUGUAAUGAGUCGGAUCAUCAACUAAAAAAUUUCAAACCAUUUAAUUUGGAGGAGUACUGGGACCAGCGGCAUUUUCAAAAUAUUCGUGUAUCACACGGACAACAAUAAGAUAAUAGAAAUUUAUGCAGCAACAACAACAGUCGUACAACAAAUUUUCCUUGUUUUAUAUGUUCUGUGUUGUUAGGCAUGCAUUGAAAAAUUUUAUUGUAAUACUACAAGUAACAUAAUCGCUACAUAGAACUAUGAUGUAUUUCCAUUAUUGAGAAAUUAUCUGAAAUUUUCUUCAAAAAUCCCGGAUA